AUGGUUUUGGUUCCGUUGCUACUCCUUUUACUGGCUUCGGCCACAGCUCAAAUGGAUCCUAAAGCAUUGCGACCGUGCUUCGAACGGUAUCCGAACUAUCGACUAGUCAGCCUCAAACCGUAUCAUAGCGAGUGGAGGAUGCGUACUGAAGAGUCUUGCCUGCAGUUCUGUAGUGACACGAGGUCCCGAUGUCGAUCGAUCGUCUACGAUUCCGUACAACACAUUUGUCAUUUCUUUUUAGAUGACGGGAAUGAUUUCGCGAUUCCAGCUGCAAAAAUGAUUUAUUUAAGGGUCACCAGCAGGGACUGUUUAGAUCCCGGUCACGCGUCAGGAGAAGUAAGCUAUAUGGACAUAAAUUCUCGUGAAAAAGACAUGGCUCCACCUAUGGCUAUGCCUACACCUAUGUCCAUGCCACCUAUGGCACCUAUGCCCACUGUUCCUCCCGGACAGUUCAUCAUUCCGGCCACACCUACAGAAUCAUUCGAAACGACAACUGAAACACCUGCAGCGGAUACAUCAUUGGAAAUGGAUAUGGAUAUGUUCGACGAUUUCACCACUCCAGCAAGCCCCUUCGAUGAAGCCAUACUCGACAACGCUGAAGAGGACAUCGAGUUGGAAAGACUUCAACGUAAAAAUGAGCUGAUGCGAGAUAUAAACGGGCUAGAGAAUCAGAACAAAAGAUGGCAAUCGUCGAUGGAGCAACUGGUGAAAAAUACGGAUGAAUUUGCUUUCAAGGGCACACGUGUGUCUCCGCCUGUGAGAGCCGUUAAAGUUCUACCACCCCGAAUUGAGACCUCGACUGCAACUGUUCAUGUUGCAACUGUUCCUGUGAAACCUACGGAGGUGGAGCCCAUCAUUGAAAGGUCGACAACACGAGCUCCAACAACGACCGAAAGUGUCCUCCUUAUCAAGGAGAAGCUGUUGGAAAAACUAGAUGUUCUCAAGCAGAAGUACCCGAGCAGAUAUGCCCAAUAUCUUGCUGAGAAAGAAAAAAGGCUCGGCAUGGACUCGUUUUUAUCGUCAAGGUUAUCGUCGAACGAAGACAUCCUCACUCAGAUUCCUGUAGAUCCUGUAGAGACAGUAAAAACGAUUGACAACAGUUUAUCGAUCGAAACAGCAAAAACAAUCGACAACAGUUUAUCGAUCGAUGACGCAGAGGUCGUGGUGCCCAUGACACCCAUAAGGCCAAAGAAGCAUAGGAGAACGAAGUUUUCUGGAAAACGAAUCGCAUUCUCUGAUGAUCAUAUGUUCUCAAGGAAGAUUGAUGGAGCAGACAUUCGAAGGCAACAGCAAAGUAAACUCAAGCAAGUAUCAUUGAGUGCAUCUACCUCACCUCCCUUUGUCAACAAAGCUCGAAGUUUCCUGGAUAUGGUAAAUAACAAGCGAGAUCGUACCCAUGGAGUGAAAAACAAUGUUCUCGUGGAGAACCAAUUGGACAACUCGGCAACGGUAACAAUAACUGGCUCAGAUGUCACAGGCUGCUCGAAAGGUGAUACUCCAAUAUUGAUGACAUUCGAAAAUUCGGUCGGAAGUUCGUCCAUCGACAGUAAUUUCGUCGAAAACUGGGAAGCCUGCCGACAGAUGUGUCAAGAUGAGGCAAGUAGUAUUGCAUCACCUUCAUCUUUCACAUACUAUGAUGAUAAACAAUGUAUGAUAAACACCGAAGACGAAGGUGUGAAUCUCCGUCCACCUACGAUGGGACCAUACACUGCCCAAACCACGUUGAAGUUUUGCUAUCCAGAUAAUGUCUCUCCUUUCCACGGUUGCGCCAACUUUGUCGGAUUCAGAGAUUAUUCAUUGACGGCCGAACCUCGAGAGCUGUUCGAAGGCCUUCCACCCGGAUACGACGGCCUAAAGCUUUGCACCGAGCUCUGCGUUCUCAGUGCCGAGUACUCAUGUCGGUCGGCGAGCUUCGAAAUGUUAGAUGGUGUAUGCAAAUUAUACGCUGUGGAUUCCAUAUCAGCCCCCAAAAGCUUCGAGCUUUCCAACGUCCAAUAUCAGCUCUACUUUGAGAACGGUUGCUCUGCCCAACCCGAGCUCUCUUUAGUCGCUAAAGACUACGUCGCUAUCGAAAGAGUACCCAUGAAGGACCAAUCUUCACGUAAAGCGUUACAAAUGAAACCAUCAAAAUUGAAGAUACAUAAGUUAGAUAGAAGGAGGUCAGCCUUUUUCUCGAAACACUAG